CGAAUCACAAAUUCCAGUGUUUUGGACGUCUCGGGCCGCGCUCGACAACAAUGGACGUCGUAGAGACGAAACCCGUGAUCGCAAAUAUCUGUGAACAAAAGAUCCAGCCCGUGGAAAUCGAAAUACUUCCCGUUGUUUACGAUAUCAUACGCAGUGUUGAAAAGGAUCCCAUAGAUAACACCGCCAAACAAAAGGAAAGUGCAGAGUGCAGUCAGAAGGUACUAGAACUUCAACGUGCGCUUGAAACGGCACGGUCUACGAUUCGCAAACUUAACGGCAUCGAGUACAGCAAAGAAGAACAACUACGCCGGCUCGACAGCCUGCGGAAGCAGCUCACUCUAAAGCAGCAGCUAAUCAAAAAGUAUAAAAACGUUCAGUUCUAG